UUCAUACGAAAUUAUUGAAUUCUUCGACUAUAGAAACAGGAACUGAACUUUUACAAGUGGUUUUUGAAAUACCUCCAGUAAUCAUGGGACAUAGUGGGACAUGGUCUAGAACAUUGCUAGAGAUAUAA